GAAAAUGUGCACUUUGUCAGCAUGGAAUGCAUGCACGUCAUGUAUGAUGUGAUCGGUGCUGCCUCGGUAUUUGGCUGCGACUGUGCGAUCGAGUAUUCAUAUAAUUUAUAUGCAUGUACAUCAUCAGUUUACAUGUAUGCAGGCCUGAGGGAGAGUCCGACUUGUGAAAUUACAUCUUCAAAUGGGUCAACCGGAAAAGGCUAGUGUUUCCCAAGCUGAACGGGAAUUAAAGAAAUUGAGAGCAGAGAAUACUAGACUGAAAAAGGACUUGGAAGAAACAAGGAGUCUUUACAAGCAGCUGGUAGAUGAGGGACCGGUGGAGUCCUUUGACGAGAGGAGAGUCCAUCUCCUGAAGUCUCAGAUCAUCCAGUUGGAGCGGCAGGUUUUGCUUCAUACAAAUGCACUGAGUUCUCGAAAUGGAGUCCUACUCCAUGUUGAGAAUUGCCUACAAACCAUUGCAGACCAGUUACGGGAGUUGUUGGCGAAGGACGUCCACGGCCCAAGCGUGCCCAUUCAGAGGUCUCAGCUGACUGGCCUGAUUGAGACUGCAGAGGGCGCCAGACUCAGACUCUUCAAGAAUGUCGAGGCCAAUAAUCCUGAGAGAUCGACACGUCCGAUUCUGUACAUGGGAUCCUUUCUUAAACCCAGCGCUGAAGAAGAUGGAGUGACGCUACUCGAUGUGUGCAGUGGGAAGAUAGAACACCUCAAUCUCAAGCAAAUUGCAAAGUUGGAAUCCAAGCUCUUCAGCCUGCACAGGCAUCUGCAAACCCUCCACCAAUCGCUGAGAGCCACCUGGUCACCUGAUCAUCGUUCGGGGUCCCAGACAGCCAAUCGGCACCUCCCGUUGGCUGUCAAUCAGAGGUUGUCCGGCCUCCUGGCCCGGUGCCAAAAGUCCAUCGCUGAGAGUUGCAGUGACUUGCUGUCACUUUCGAUUCUUGUCCCGUCAGCUCCGUGGCCUCUUGUGAUUAAGCCAGUGAGUGCUGAGUUGAGUCUGGACUCUGUCAUGUCAGCAUUGCCUAACUUCCCAAGGAGUAAACAACAACAGGGACGAGCCUGUAUAGAUGCCGUACUGAAGGCAUGUAACUACUCAAGAAACGUAGCCAAAUUAGAGGCCAAGGCAUGUGCAAGCGAGCUUCACUUUCAUCAAAGCGUUUACGAUGUACAGAGCAAGUACAUGGACUCGUUGUUCACCGCAGUCAGAGAGGCAUACGCAGACUUUGAGAAGAACACCCAGACACUACUCUGUCAACCUUUGAAAAAGAUCCUUGAUGCUUACUCGGGCCAGACAUCCACCACAUCAGAGGAAGCGCUUAGAGAGUUCCUGACAACAUUCAAAGCGGAGGCGAAUGAGCUGGAAACAGUUGUGGACAUGUUAACCUUGGAUAAAGAAUCACCCUCCCCCGGCCAGGAAGCAUUGUCAACAUUUGGCAAGGACUUCUUUGCGUCUGUGGAUGUCCUGGCGCAACGGUGCUCCGACGAGAGAGACAAACUCGCCGAGGAAAUUGAAGCCGUGAAGCAGAUGAAAGAUGAGCACAUGAAGCAUGGGCUGAAGGUCUUCGAGAAACCCAAGGCGGGACCAAAAGAUGCUAAGGAGGAGUAUGAGGAUGCUGUGCAAGACCCGGACGCGGGGGCAGAGACUGAAAAUGGCACAGAGGCAGGACGCGGCUGUGAUGUUACAUCUGAAAGGUCUUCAACAGGAGAUGCUAGAGGGCAGUCUGCUUCCAAGUCAACAGCCAAAUCGUUAGUAUUGAAAACAAGACUUGAUAGUCCAACUGGUGGCAAGACUGUGAAGGAUAGCUCGGUCGGCAAGCCACCAAGAAAAGGACCCAGUGUGCUCGGAAAAAUAGGAGGCACUAAGGACCUUGACAGUGUCUUGAAAGAAGCUGGUCGCAACGGGCCCCCAUCUGCAGUCCGUGAUACCCCCUCACCAGCCAAGAAAGGUGUGGAGGUGGACUUGGUGUCACGCCCCUCUCCUGGGUCGCGCAUUCCGCGCUCAGGCAGUACACCCCGCCUCAAACCACCAUCCCUAAUGCAAAGUCCUGCAACUCUCAGGACACAAGAGGGCAGCAGAGCAACAGGUACACCAAAGAGAGUCACAAACAGUUCUUUGCAAUCUCCUUCGAGGGUUUCUGGUGUCAGGAGGAGUUCAAGCGAAGGAAGUCGAUUGAGUUCAAAAGCUACUGGUGCUAAACCAGGGUCUCAGGAUUCUUAAAAAUACAUAUGUAUUUUCUUGUGCAAUAGUAUUCUGCUGUGCUUCGGCAAGCAAUCCAAAGGCUUCCCUUAUGUGUGUUGCAUCCAUGUGCAUUCGAUCUAGAUAAACUUAUACUUCUGCUAUCGGAAUGUUUUCUACAGGUGUGCAAAUUUGGAGAAAUUUGUUAAAAAUUCAAUAUUUUGCAUCAUUAGGAGAGCACUUGCUGCAAUCUGACCAAAAUGAUUGGUAAAGAAAAGUAUUUCCAAUUUUGAUUUAAAUAUUUUUGAUGAAAGUCAUGUGUUUCUGAGGGGAAAAAAAGAACUUGUGUGUUUGAAAUUGAAAGGUGUGGUGUCAUAGGACUGUGAGUAGAUCCUUUCCUUUGCAGUUAACACAUACAUAUGUAAUUGUAGUUUUACCAUUUCCCCACCUCAUUAAAAAAAAAUAAUUCUGCCCUUGUAUGUUAGUAAAUAUUUAUAGUCGAAUAAUGUAGUAUUUGAUUAAUUGGAACGUGGAUUUGAUUGAAUACUCACAUUUUGAGACCAUUGACAUUAGGGGUAAUUUUUGUGUGAAUAUCAUGUUUGAAUAGAGAUACUUGUUUCGAGAUAGCUUUCUUGCUGAUAAAACGGACUUGAAAGAUGCAAAUUCGGGCAAAUAUUCUUCAUAGAAGCUCUAAUAUGGCAUCUGACAAACAUUAGGCCUCGUUAAUUAUAUCAAAGUACAUCACAGACACUUUUGUCAUGUUCUCAAGACGGCUCCGAUUGGUUUAAUUUCUUAUUUGGUAAAAUGCUAGUCGCAUUUCAUAUUUAGAUAUUCAUCACACCCCUUGUUCUAGUCCGAGUGUCAUCCAUCAUUCGCGGAGCCCGCAAACAUCUGAUAGGGCUAUAUGCGAGCAUUACAAAUUUUAUUCGACCCCGCGCGCCAGCGAAUCGGGAGUCGACUUUAGCAAUUGUGACGUCCUUUCGUGCAAAAAUGUUGACUAAGCUGAUUGGUCAAUUAGCUGUCAUGUUUUUAUAAUGCACAUGUACAAAAAUGGUUACCAAAGACCUGACAGCAGGCGCCUGCUGAUUGGUCAGAAUCUGGUGUCAUAGAGGGAUGCUUUUUGAUGCAGUUUUGAGGGUGCUUGUACAAGUCCCGGGGUUAAACUUAUCAUAAUUCAAGAUUGAGACAUUUGUGUCAAAAACCUCACACUUUAUGAAUCAUGACACGUUAAUACUGCACACAAGCU